UCCCGGCACGAGGGAAGAUGUCCGGAGACGAAGAUUUCUACCUCUUUUCGAACAUCUCCAACGUGGGGCCUUUCGAUGGCCCCCAGUACCACAUCGCCCCGAUGUGGGCCUUCUACUUCCAGACCGCCUUCAUGGGCUUCGUGUUCUUCGCCGGCACGCCGCUCAACGGCAUCAUCCUGGUGGCCAUCCUCAAGUACAAGAAGCUGCGGCAGCCCCUCAACUAUAUCCUGGUGAACAUUUCGGCCGCGGGCUUCCUCUUCGUCACCUUCGCCGUCUUCACGGUCUUCGUCUCCAGCUCGCAGGGCUACUUCGUCUUUGGGAAACACAUCUGUGCGCUGGAGGCCUUCCUCGGCUCCGUGGCAGGUCUGGUUACCGGCUGGUCUCUGGCGUUCCUGGCCCUGGAGCGAUACAUUGUGAUCUGCAAACCCAUCGGGAAUUUCCGUUUCAACGCCAAACACGCGACCCUGGUGGUGGUAGCCACUUGGGUCAUCGGAAUCGGAGUCUCCAUUCCCCCAUUUUUCGGGUGGAGCAGGUUCAUCCCGGAAGGCCUGCAGUGUUCUUGCGGCCCUGACUGGUACACGGUCGGGACCAAGUACAACAGCGAAUACUACACCUGGUUCCUCUUCAUCUUCUGCUUCAUCGUGCCGCUCACGAUCAUUGUGUUUUCCUACUCACAGCUCUUGAGUGCCCUGCGAGCAGUAGCCGCUCAGCAACAGGAGUCUGCCACGACCCAGAAGGCCGAGCGGGAGGUGUCCCGCAUGGUGAUUGUGAUGGUCGGCUCCUUCUGCCUCUGCUACGUCCCCUACGCGGCCCUGGCGAUGUACAUGGUGAACAACCGCGACCAUGGCAUCGACCUGCGCAUGGUCACGAUCCCAGCCUUCUUCUCCAAGAGCGCCUGCGUGUACAACCCCAUCAUUUACUGCUUCAUGAACAAACAGUUCCGAGGCUGCAUCAUGCAGAUGGUGUGCGGAAAGCCCAUGUCGGACGAGUCCGAAGUCUCUAGUGCCUCCCAGAAAACCGAAGUCUCCUCCGUGUCCUCCAGCCAGGUCGGCCCCAGCUAAGGAGGCCGGGCCUGAGACGCCGAGGAGCACGGGACACACAAACACGCCCCGAACACACCCAACGUUGACCGUGAAGGCAGAAGCACCCACGCAGCCUUGGUGGCUCACGGGGUGGGAUCCUCCUCUCUUCUUCCCAGGACAUUUGCAUCUGGCCCACUUGGUCUCUCACCUUUUCGUGGAUGGAAGAGCAUGGCUUUUUUCAAGGUGCCAGGGGUGAGAGCGCCGUCGGAACGGCCCGGCGCCGAAUUUCACCAGGAGCCGAACGGGGAUCUCGCCAAUCCGGCUGAGUCCCGUGGCAGUACCGUAGGCUCCCUUUUGGGGGGGCAAGGAUGCCGUAGAAAUAGUUGGUUCAGAGCUUACCCUAUUUCCCUGAAUAUAAGACACCCCCCCAAAAAAGACAUAGUAGAGGUUUUGCUGAAGUGCGAAAUAUAAGGCAUCCCCCGAAAGUAAGACGUAGCAAAGUUUUUGUUUGGAAGGAUGCCCGAUGAACAGAACACAGAAAAAUAAGACAUCCCCUGAAAAUAAGACAUAGUGCAUCUUUGGGAGCAAAAAUUAAUAUAAGACACUGUCUUAUAUUCAGGGAAACACGGUAAUUGGUCCAGAAUCCACUUUGGGUGGCCAGGCUCCAGGAGGGAAUCUGGAGAUCUCCGGGAAUUACAGUUGAUCACCAGAGAUUAAUAUUCCCUUGAAAAUACAGCAGCUUCAGAGGGCGGAGUCGAUGGUAUACCAUAGAGUGUAGGAGAAACAAAAGUCCUAGAAGGCUCUCACCACUGGCUAAGUGACCUCCGCUCCCUGAACUCUACCCUCCCC